GAAGAAAAAGCAAAAUAAAUCAUCAGUUCGCAAAUUUAAACGUUGCAUUUUAGUUUUAUACGACGGCGCCACCGUUGAAUCUAUCUACCACACACAAAAUAAUCUCGCCGGUAAAAGUGGAAGACACGUGUCUCCUCAUCGUAAUCUAGUUGGGCCAAAACGAGUUAGAAAUAAAAAGGACCCGAGGAAAAUCUCGUUGGUUCGACAUUAUGGGCUUAACACAAAAGGGCCCAUAUUAAGCCAUUAAACACGUGACGUGCACGUGAGCAAGGGGUUUUAGUCUUACGCAUGCUUUUUCUCUAUUCUUCUUCUUCAUCUUCCUCAAACUCCUAAAAAUGCUAAAACCCUCAGCUCAAUGAAAUCAUUUCCGCCAUUACAAUCACGCAUGAAACCUCUCAUUCUUCUACCCAUUUCCUGAGAAAAUCAUGCAAUUCGCGUCUACCAAAUCACUCUUCCUCCGCCUCGCCGGUUUCUCUUCCACAUCCGUCUUCAAGCCGCCUCGCGCGAUCGCUGUUCUGGUCGCAAAUUUCUCUUCUUCUAGCUCGAUCUCCGGCCACUUCACUUCUUUGAGGCGUCAUCAAUACGAAGAGGAGUCGCGGAGUGUUAGGGUUCAUGUAUGGUGGGAUUUCGAGAACUGUCAUUUGCCGUCGGGUGCUAAUGUCUUCAAAUUGGCUCAAACCAUCACAUCCGCCAUUAGAAUCAGCGGAAUCAAAGGACCCAUCACCAUCACAGCCUUCGGAGACUUAAUCCAGCUCUCCAGAACUAACCAAGAAGCUCUCUUCGCAACUGGAAUCAAUCUCACUCAUGUUCCUCAAGGUGGGAAGAACAGUACGGAUAGAUCUUUGAUUACAGAUCUAAUGUAUUGGGUUUUACAGAAUCCACCUCCUGCUCAUAUCUUCCUUAUCACUAGUGACAGAGAUUUCGCGAAUGUGCUACAUAGAUUGAGGAUGAACAAUUACAACAUUUUGCUCGCGGGGUACGAAGAAGCUACGCAUGGUGUAUUGUGUAGUGCUGCUUCGAUUAUGUGGGAUUGGGAUGCUUUAGUUAGAGGGAAAAAUCCAACUGCUAAAUAUUACAAUCAGCCACCAGAUGGUCCUUAUAAUUCUUGGUAUGGUCACUAUAGAACUCCUCUUCUUGACCCAUUUGCCACAUCUUCCACCACUACCAACAAGCAAAUAUCUUGUACUAGUGUGAAAACCAUAGAGUUGGUUGAAUCGAAUUCAAAUGCGACGAAUUCGGGUUCUUCUAAGGCUUGUCUUCCUAUUCCGAAAGAAGUUGUUAAGCAGAUUGGUUUGAUUUUGAGUUGGUAUCCUAAGGGAGCACCCAUUACAGAACUCCGUGAGCAGCUGAGAAAGAGGAAAGUACACUUAGAUAGAGACUUUUACGGAUAUAAGAGUUUUUCGAGGUUUCUUUUAUCUAUGCCGAAGAUCUUACAGGUUGUUCCAGUGGGAGAUGGUAUGUUUUCUAUUCAUGCUGUUACCCAGGGAAUAAAUAACAAAGCCUCAUCACCGAAUGUAACUAGUGAGAAUCACGAAGUUGUUAGUUUGGACAAGAUGUGUGAGGAUAUGAAACAGAAUGAUGAAAAUGUCAAAGAGGAAUCUCAAUUACAAGAGAAUUCUCAAGAGUCUGUUCAGGUAAUUAGGCAGAUAGAUGUUAAGGCAAAAGAGGAACCAGUUAAAACAACUCAGCUAGCUUUAACUGUUGUUGAUGAUGUUUCUCCUUCCGAGGAAAAAGAUGGAUUUCUUAAGAAGCUAAAUAGACUAUGGUUUGGUUCACCUGAAAUAGUGGAAUUAGAGCAUCUCGAAGAAAAGAAACAUAUUUCUGGAAAUGGAGACGAAGGGAAAGGAGUUGUUGGUGAAGAAAAAGUGGUGAAUACGAAUUUAGAAUCUCGAAUUGCAUCUUCUACCUCUAGUGAAUCUGCUGAGGAAGUUAAAGCAGACACUGAAGUAGGCAACAAGAAAUCUAAGAGUCCAUGGCUCUUAAGUCGACUUCUGAGGAGAUGCACGUUUUCUUGGGGAGGAAAUAUAGAGCUUAGCAAUGCAACAGUAACUGGACCUCAAGUAGAUGAUGUUUUUGCUAAAGAUUCUUUUUGGAAGGAUAUUGAAUCUUUCAUUAAUUCUCCAAGAGGCUUCGUCCUUGUUUCUCACUCAAGAUCAAGAGAAGCAAUGGCUAAGAAUCUUAAGGAAGAAGGACCUUCAUCUCUCAAACCGCUCAAUGUAUCAAAAAUGCUUGAUUUAGUAUCAAUGUUAAUAUCAGAGAAGAAAUGGAUCCAGGAGAAUCCUUCUGAUGCUCUACCUUUUAGAGUAACUUGGUUCACCGAGAAAAGCUCUUGUCUUAGCAACCCUCCUGCUACGGAGGGAUUGAGAUCGAUAUUUGUGAAUAUGUCAAAAUCAUUGUGUGACGAAGCAAAUGGUGAGAAAAAAAUCAAGGACGUUGGUAUGAGCCAGAAACCUAAAGAAAGAUUGAGAAGCCAGGUAAUUGCGGAUUGUCAUAAGCUGAUAAAGAAGAUAAGAGAGGAAAAUCCUGGAGGUUAUAACAUGAGUAACUUCAAGAAAGACUUUUUGGUCAAGUUUGGAUACCGCUUAGAACAUCAUAACCUCGGUUAUCCGAAACUGCAGUCGUUGAUACAAAUGAUCCCUGAGGCUAGGAUUGAAUCAGGAUACAUUGUUCCUUCGUCCACCCCGGUUCCAUAUGAGUCUGAUUCAUUAUUCGAAGAUCUUGGUCCAGUUUCCAAAAAGGUUCAUGAGAAUGAGUCAUCUGUUUCAGAGGAAGAAGAGUAUAACUCAGAGACAGACGAAGAAGCUUCAUUAAAACAGAACGACGAGGAAAGGAAGAAGAAGAAGAAAGAAGUUGAAGCAGAGUGCGAUUUACUACAAAUUCUGGGUUCUUGGGACACUGAUAAGAAGCAAAAGAAGUCUGCAAAAACUUUUGGUGAAGAUAAGCUUGUUGAAGGAAUAUUGUUAAGCUUGAGGAAGAAACCAUCAGGUGACUCUAGGAUUCAAGAUUGAAGAAUGUUUAAUUUUACCGGGAAACAAACAACGGUAGGCUAAACAUUCCGGUUUAGAUUAUUUUUUGGUGGAAUUUCGGUUUGGUGAUUGGUUAAAAUCGUGGUAAUUGGCCAAAAACGAUUUUAAGUCGAUUUAGACCGUGAUUAACAAAAUUAAAACACCUUUGGAAAUUGGGGGAAAAAA